UAGAACUACUCUGCGUCAUGAAAACUACUCGGUGAAGUGUGCGUGUCGUGUUUGUAUUCAUUUUAUUAUUUAUUUUGAGUUCCAUGUGGUGCAAAGUGAAAUUUCAAGAUAAAUAUAAUAUCAAAAACUAGUGAAGGACAAUACAAUAACUAUAAUACAUUUGAAGAAGAGAAGAAAUAGAAGUGAAAAGCAUGAAGACAUCAGACAAAUCAUCCAUGAAAAAAAAUGGAUAUCAAUCUGAUGAUGAUAAUAAUAUCAGAUACAAAAUAAAUCUUGAAUAUUUCAAUAACAAUAACAAAGCCCCUGGUAAAGUGUUGAAAAAAUCUGAAAAAGUGAAUGUGGAAGAUGAUGAUGUGCGCUAUAAAUUCCCUACAGUGUUGACAAAGCCUAAAACUGAGCCAAAAUCAAAACCAAAACCUAAAAUAAAGGUUAACUUCUGGAGCAAUAAGCAAUCCAGCAGCCGUCUUCAUAAUUCAGAGACAACUGCCCUUAAAACAAACCGCAGGCAUACUGUGGCCGCUACAGGUGAAGACACCAGAGCUACCAAACCAAAGAAUUCUGGAGUGAAAGUCCGUAAACGUGUAUCUUUCUUGCCUUCUCCCUUGUUUUCGGAUAAUCAUGUGCCCAUGGUAACUGUCCCUGAUGAUUUGACUAUCCAACUCAAUGAGGAAGAAGCACAUGACUUAGGUGAGGACCUUAAUUUAGCUUUUGUCAGCAGUGCCAGUAGUAAUGAAAGUUCAGCUAACACAACUAAACGUAAACCAAGAAAUUCAGCCGUCCAGAACAGCCCAAAGGGCAAUAAGCGUAAAAGAAGUUUUGACGAUGCCCCUUCAAAAGUUAAUUCAAACCCAGGAAAUGAACAUGAACUUGAAUUUUUCUCCAAGUAUGUGGUUCAAAAACUCAGACGAAUGGAAACAAACCAACGCAUUUAUUCUGAAAAUUUGAUCAACACAGUGCUAAUGUUAGGACAACUCGGCAAAUUAAAUGGAAAGUCUAAAGUUGCAGAUGCGCCUCAAUAAAUGAAUAUCUAUUAGCUACUACAUACUAGUACAAUGAAAGAGUCGGAAAAUUCAUGAAUGUUGUACAGUUAUUUUGUAAAUAAUAACUUAUCUUAGUUAUUUAAUUUUAAUUACUUAGAAGUAUCUAUUUCUAAUGAAUGCAGGAAAUAUAACUCAACCUAUAUAUGAGUUGCUGAGACAAGUUUGUGUCAAUAAAAUGUCUUAUUUUGUUACCUUUUGUUACUAUAAACCACUCAAAAUUUUAAUACUUAUUGCCUUGCAAGUGUCAAAUAUUUUGCUGCUGCAUCAAUAUUAAUAUAUAUUGAGUAGUUAGUAUUCAGGGCAAGAUAAUAGUUUUUUGUUACAUUUUAAACUUAAAGAUAGUUUACUGGUUUUCUCCAAGAAAUUGUUAUGAUGUUACCCGUUGUACUGAAUAGUCUAGUUUGACAAAAACAUGAUGGUUAAAAUGUGUUAUUUAACAAUUGUGUCUGGUGCUGCAAAUUACUAUGUACACACAGUUCAAAACAUAUGUGGGCCACCUCCCAUACACCAAUAAAGGGGAGGUGACAUAGCUCUUGAGUACACCUUACUUAGACGAGUUGAUAACUUUGAUUCUAAACAUUAAUUAAUAUGUAAAUAGUUUGAUUGUGAAGAAUGUUCUCUCUGACAUUAAUAAUUUUUAAGGGAAUAAUAGUUUUGGUUGUUAUUUUUAUGUAAAAAGUAUGAUUUUGAACUGUCCAAUCUAAUGGAAUGUCUGAACAAGUGUAGCGAUGUGUAUGCAUAUCAUUGAUAAUAAAAUCGUGUUCAAUUACUUUGAAAUAUUGUUGUAAGUAUUUUCAGAGUUAUAUUAUUGUUAGAAAAAUAUUAAUAAUUAUUUGUGUACUUACGUCAAGUCCAGUAUUAAAACAUUUAUGGAAGACGAGACUUGUACAAAAAUCUAACAUAAUGAUAAAAUAUGACACUUAAAGCAUUUUUUGCGAUAGAUGUUUUCGAUUACCUCUUUUACAGAUACUGCACAAAUUUUACCUUAAUAAUUAGUAUUUCUCCCCCUUACUUAUUAACUAAACAAUACAUUUAUUUAUAUUCCUGCUCUAUAUUUUUAUUAUGACACAUUUUUUUUUACUUUAACUAUUUAUUAGGCACAAAACAAUUUCCACAGCAUAAUUAUGGCAAGUACAAAUGAAGUGGUACUCAUAAAAAGUUAUUUUAACUUAUUGUAAUUUUUCUUAUCAUAACGUGCCCGUGGGUCGUUAUCGUGCAUAAUAUGAGAUAUUGAAAAUUUUAUACAUUAUUUAUUUAAGUUUGUUCUAAACUCAAGUUUCUAUUUUGAUACAUUUGUUUGGUAAACAAAACUUUUACCACAGACAUAGGUCUUAUUUUAAUACACCGAUAUUUACCGCCACACAAUAACACGGCGAAAUAAGGAAUAAACGUCAUUCUUGUUUUCACCAGCUUUUACGUAUUUUUUUCUUUUACAGCUCAAUAGCCCAAAACUCAAUAUUAUAUGUUAUAUUCAUUUUUAUACUCCGACACCACUUUGUUAGAUUUGUAUGUGCAAUUGCCAAUAUAGUUUUACCCUCGCUAGUAUCUAUAUUGGUACUAUUCAAUAUUGAUUUGGGAGUUAUUGUUUACAGUACUCCUAUUCCUACUUUUUGCAAAUAAAACUACGUUAUUACUAUUAAUAAUUUUGUGCUAAAACUUCCUUGGAACCCAUACGAAAUACAUUUUCAACAGUGUAACUGCAUGUUUCAAUUAGGUAGUAAGAAUUAAGCAAUCUAUUGUUGUUGAUAAAGAGGUUUGCCUAUAUUUAUAUUGUUAUAAGCUCAAAAUGGUGGUUUAUCCGAAUAUACAUAAGUAGAUUUAUAAGGACUGGUUUACCUUGGAAAAUAUUUAUUUAUAUUUGUGAGAUUGUAUCGGAUGGUUUUAUCCACCUUAACAAUAAACGAUCAUGAACUCA